UUCAUUAACACACUCAUUUGAGCUGUGAACUGGCCGAAGCUCCCUCUUCCGCCAUCUGCUUCCAGCCAAUCCUGCGCUUAAAUCGACCGCCUUGAGGCAUCUCCGAUGCCGUUUUCUUGCUCCAUCUGGUAUUUCUACUCGUAAUAUCUUAGCUCCAAUUCUUCUCUUGAUUUUUCUUGACAGCAAUUGAUUCUUUCCUGUCGGAAUUACCUGGUUUUAAAUCUAAUGGGAAUGAGGAGAGUUUGUGCAUUUCUGUUUUCUGCCAAAAGAAACUGUCCAUCUUCUUUUUCUGCUUCUUCUAUCGUAUUGGGUAAUAGUAUUAUUGUUAGAAAUGCUGGUCCAUCAUUUUCAUAUACUCCUAGAAUCAUGCUGCUUAAUGGAUGUUGUUCAAAUUGUUUACCCAAAUCAUCACUUCCCUUAACUUGUUCACCUGGUAUUGUUGCUUAUUUUGCUACUAUUCGCUGUUAUUGUUAUCUGUCUGCUGUCCCAGAACAAACAAUUGAGGGAAGAAAUGACGUUGGAGAUAGCAAUAUUGAUAAGGUAUAUGCGACUGUUAUGGAUAGCUCUAUUGAUAUGGAGAAAGCCCUCGAUCAACUUGGUUUAGAACUGACCACUGGUUUGGUUGUUGAGGUACUUGGUAAGCUUCGUUUUGAGGAAAAGAUUGCUUUUAGAUUCUUUAUGUGGGCGGGGCACCAACAAAAUUAUGCCCAUGAGCCUUCUGCUUAUAAUGCAAUGAUCGACAUUCUCUCUAAUACAAAAUAUAAGGUGAAACAGUUUCGUAUAGUUUGUGAUAUGCUGGAUUAUAUGAAGAGGAGUAACAAGAAUGUUGUUCCUGUUGAGGUUUUGUUAACAAUUUUGAGAAACUACACCCAAAAGUACCUGACGCAUGUUCAGAAAUUUGCCAAGAAAAAGAGGAUAAGGGUGAAGACUCAACCAGAAAUUAAUGCUUUUAACUUGCUACUAGAUGCUAUGUGCAAGUGUUGUUUGGUUGAGGAUGCAGAAACAAUGUUUAAGAGGAUGAAGAACAGGGUGAAGCCUGAUGCUAAUACGUACAACAUACUGUUUUUUGGAUGGUGUAGAGUUAGGAAGCCAACUAGAGGAAUGAAGGUUUUGGAGGAAAUGAUUCAACUGGGUCAUACCCCUGAUAGUUUUACAUACAACACUGCUAUUGAUGCGUACUGUAAAGCAGGAAGGGUGACAGAGGCAGCUGAACUUUUUGAGUUUAUGAGAACAAAGGGUUCAACAAUGUCUGCUCCUACUGCAAAAACUUACACAAUCAUGAUUGUGGCACUUAUCCAGAAUAAUAGAAUCGAUGAGGGCUUUAAGCUUAUUGGGCAUAUGAUAAACAGUGGUUGCCUCCCUGAUGUUUCAACCUACAAAGAAUUGAUUGAAGGAAUGUGUUUGGCUGGAAAGCUUGAUGAAGCUUAUAGAUUUUUGCAGGAGAUGGGAAACAAAGGUUAUCCUCCUGAUAUAGUUACUUAUAACUGUUUUCUAAAGGUUCUAUGUGAAAAUGGGAAGAGUGACGAAGCACUUAGGCUGUAUAGAAGAAUGAUUGAGGUGGGUUGUUUGCCUAGUGUGCAGACUUAUAAUAUGCUGAUUUCCAUGUUUUUUGAGAUGGAUAAUCCCGAUGGGGCAUUUGAGACUUGGCAUGAGAUGUGUAAGAGAGACUGUGCUCAGGAUAUUGAUACAUAUUCUGUGAUGAUUGAUGGGCUUUUUGGUUGCAAUAAAGUAGACGAUGCAUGUAUUCUAAUAGAAGAAGUUGUGAAUAAGGGAAUGAAAUUGCCCUAUAAAAUGUUGGACUCCAUUCUAAUGAAGCUUUCAGAGAUUGGUGAUCUUCGAACCAUCCACAAACUGUCAGAGCACACAAGAAAGUUUUAUAAUCCUUCUAUGGCCAGACGUUUUUCUCUAAAUGAGAAACGCAAGAGCAUGAGCUUUAGAGGAAGAAAGAAGCUAUGAAAGUUAUCCUUGUUUAUUUAUCUUAAAGGUGAGAAAAGAAUCAAGAAUCUUUUUGUAUUUUGGGUCAUUUAUAUUUCCAUUACUGGAAGGAACCAAAAAACAGUUCUCAAGAUACUUGUGCUGAAGUGCACACAAUUGACUAAUGAAAGAAAUGUAGAACAGUUCUGUGAAAGCUUGCUAGUUGAACAGUUUGGAAAGACAAAGCUUUGGCUUCAGUGACCAUAUGAUCAAACUGCUACUUGUUUUAAAGUCAAAGCAUUUUGUGACAUCAAAUUCAAUUUGAUGGAUAUCAUUAGACAUGAGAGAAUAUCGGAUGCAUUCCAGCUGUUUGGAAAUCAUAUGCUCCUCUACAUAAUUCUCUGCAGACGGCACUGUCUCUGGACUCAGCGGUGACAGUUUUCCCUUUGGAAAGACUAGAACGAGUUGGGAAAGUGAAUACAAAUACUGGAGAACGCCUUAUCAUUUAUUCUUUGGGAGGAAUGUUUUGAUACUUUUUUUCUUUCUUCCCAAAUUUAUUGUUUUUAAGGAGUUGUUGGCAAUAGUUGAGCCCUUAAAUCUUCAUGUGCCCUCAUUCAAACUUGAUAUUUCCACGUUCUAGUCAUCACCAUUUCCUUAAAUUUAAAGUUUCCUGGUCUUGAGAGAUCGUCCAGAGACUAUAAAAGCUUUGAAGCCAAGCUUCUCGUAGUAGGUGUUGCUCUUGGUUCUCCUCUUGAUUGCUAAGGUGCUUAUGUAUUCUCAAAAGAACUAAGCAGUAAGGCUAGACUUUGAAUGGAUCAAGUGGAUGUCGAUGCUUGGCACGUGAGUUCCGCAUAAAUCCAGUAGUUUGAUCAAGCUAAAUGGGGCCUUGAUGUCUAUUGGCUCUUGUGACUGAAGGCUGAAGCUGUGGCCUGAUUCGGUCCAAAUUUGAACUGGAUUUGGGGGCCUGGUGAUUCAUGAUUUUAAUCUGUUCGAUUCUUAUGUCAUUUUAAUGUGAAUUAAGCAAUCUAAUCAUUAGAAAUAAUUUUCAUUU